CGAAGAUAGAACGACCAAUAAGAAGGGCCAAUGGCCGGCGCAUACAGGGAUGCCGUGCUCGUGUGUCGUCGGCUCGCUCGCGAUCAAAGACCGACGUGCCGAUACGCGUGCUUUUUUGGGCGUGCUCGUCUUCGCGUUUUUCUCGAUCUUCGUGAAAUACCGUUUUUGUAAAGAUCGUUAAAAAAUGCCGACCCGGCUAAGGAAGGAAAAGGUGCGUUUGUCACGAUAGUUUACUGGUGUCGCGCUGUAGUGUCUUCGGAACGUUCUUACCACCAAAGUUUUUCUUUACACUCGAUCAGUCUGUCUACGGAUCUUUCUGUUUCUGUUCUAUCCAUUUCCCCUAUCUCUCUCUCUCUCUCUCUCUUUCUCUCUCUACUACCAACCUUUUACUGUGGUGUGUGUAUGUGUGUGUCUAUCUCUCUCUCUUUCUCUCUCCCUUUUUCUCUCAGUGCUGCGCGACGUGAAUGGUGUUUCUCCACUGCAGAGAGAAAGAGCGAAGAAGGAAAGAGCUGAAGAAAGAAGGGAGCUAACGUGUCGCGCGAGAGAGAAAGAGAGAAAAAAGAAAGAAAGAAGGAAAGAAAAAAAAGAAAGAAAGAAAGUAAGAAAAAAAGAAAGAAAGAAAGAGUACACCGGGGGAACAACCCCGGCGGCCUUAGCUACUCAAGGGUGUAGUAGCGUGGUGGAAACUGUCGUCUCACUCGUUUCUUGACCCGAUCCUUCGUAUACGUUGUUAAAUCUACUCUCUUCGAUUAUCUCUCCGACGCGAAAAAAGCGUUCGCCGCUCCGCUCUAGUAAAAGUCCCCCAACUCUUGCGUACGGAGGAAUUCAUCGUUGGCCUAUUAAAGGCGGUCGUGUGAGUUUCGACUACUCUCUCGCGCGUCUCGGGCUCCGACGCACACGACACAAUAAUGGAAACGUCGUCGAAGACCAGCAAGGACAAGGGAAAGAACGGCAACAAGGAUGCCGAGGCUGGCGACGAGACGAACAAAGUGUCAGGUGGUCCUCUACAUGGUAAUGCAUCACCUCCACCGACACUCAUCAACAAAGUUAAGUAUCAGCCUGGUGGGCCUGUUAUAAAAAAGGAUAAGAGACAAAGUAGCUCGAGAUUCAACAUAUCAAAGAACCGAGAACUUCAGAAACUCCCACUCUUGGCAGAGACGCAACAAGGCAAUGAAAGAGAAGAACUUUUCAUACAGAAGUUACGCCAAUGCUGUGUACUCUUUGACUUUGAGUCCGAUCCACUGUCAGACUUGAAAUGGAAAGAGGUAAAGCGUACUGCCCUUCAUGAAAUGGUUGAUUAUGUAACCAAAAAUAAAAAUGUUAUUACUGAAUUAAUUUAUCCAGAAGCAGUAAAUAUGUUUGCUGUUAAUUUGUUUCGAACACUUCCACCAUCUUCAAAUCCAAACGGUGCUGAAUUUGAUCCAGAGGAAGAUGAACCUACUUUGGAAGCAGCGUGGCCUCAUUUGCAAUUAGUGUACGAAUUCUUUUUAAGAUUGUUGGAAUCUCAAGAUUUCCAACCAUCUAUUGCAAGACGCUAUAUAGAUCAGAAGUUUGUCUUACAAUUACUAGAAUUAUUUGAUUCUGAAGAUCCACGAGAAAGAGAUUUCCUGAAAACAACUCUUCAUAGAAUCUAUGGAAAGUUUCUCGGUUUAAGAGCGUACAUCAGGAAACAAAUAAAUAAUGUUUUUUAUCGAUUUAUAUAUGAAACUGAACACCAUAAUGGUAUCGCAGAACUUCUUGAAAUUUUAGGAAGCAUUAUAAAUGGUUUUGCUUUACCAUUGAAAGAAGAACAUAAAGUUUUUCUUCUAAAAGUGUUGUUACCUUUGCACAAAGCCAAAUCAUUGUCAGUCUAUCAUCCACAAUUAGCAUAUUGCGUUGUUCAAUUUUUGGAGAAGGAUCCAUCUUUGACAGAACCUGUAAUUAGAAAUUUAUUGAAAUUUUGGCCAAAAACACACUCUCCCAAGGAAGUCAUGUUUCUUAAUGAAUUAGAAGAAAUUUUAGAUGUAAUAGAACCAGCUGAAUUUCGUAAAGUACUUGACCCAUUGUUUAGACAAUUGGCAAAAUGUGUCUCGUCUCCUCAUUUCCAAGUUGCAGAAAGAGCCCUUUAUUAUUGGAACAAUGAGUACAUAAUGUCAUUAAUAUCGGAAAAUUAUUCCGUGAUUUUACCGAUUAUGUAUCCAGCUUUUUACAGAAAUUCACGCAAUCAUUGGAAUAAAACGAUUCAUGGAUUAAUUUAUAAUGCUUUGAAGUUAUUCAUGGAGAUGAAUCAAAAAGUAUUUGAUCAGUGUACUAAUCAGUACAAUCAGGAUCGUCAAAGAGAACGUAAACUUAUGAAAGAUAGAGAUGAAGCAUGGAUGCGCGUAGAAGCAUUAGCAAUGAGACAUCCACAUUAUAAUAUGGCAAUUAAUAAAAGUAUGCCAAACAUUCCAUACAGCUUGACGCAACAUUUAGAUAGUCCUCCACCCGAUGAGGAUGGCGAUCCGGAUCAAGCUCCGCUCACUUUAGAAAAGAUUGAAGCUAAGGCUAAUGAGGCGAAAAAAAUAACAAAUGCAAAUUCAAUGAAACCACUUUUACGAAGGAAGAGUGAUUUACCACAAGACUCCUACACAAUACGGGCUCUAUCUGAUCACAAGCGUGCUGACGAAUAUCUUGUAACGCCGCCUGAUCCGAAUAAUUGCUAGUCCUUACCUUAUUCUCUUCCGAUGUACCCCCUAUUUUGUUGUAGUAAAAUCACAAGUUAGCUAUUUCCGGGGAGAUGGAAAAAAACGGCGAUAACAUAUGUUGGCAGUGUCUGCCUUAGAGAGCCUUAUAUUGUGCGGAAUCAAUAACAUUUAACGUAUAUUAGAAUUUUGUUUGCUCGUGUUAGAGAAAAUAUCUUCCUCUUAUAUUCCCUUUAGAUUAGGAAAACAUGGAGAUUCGCAUGAAAGUAAUAAUGUCCAUUUGAUGCAUAUCCAUAUCAAUUAUUUUCUUUCUCAACACAGAUCACUAAUUUAAGAAGUUGUUAAAAAGAACAAAAAAAGAGAAUAUUUAAACUAUGUAAUGUGUUUGAGAUAAAAAUACGGUUAAAAAGGGCUCUAAAUUCAUUAGACAUGAAAUAUUUAGCACAAAGAUAUUUAAAAUGCUAGUGUAUGCUACAUGUGUAUAUAUAUAUAUAUAUAUAUAUAUAUAUAUACAUACACAAAUAUAGAUGAUAUCACCGGUAUAAAGGACAUUAUUAAUGCUGUGGUUUUCAUGAAUUUGGUAUAUUCUAGAAAAGAUUUUAUACAAACGAGGAUACGGAAGACAGAAGAAGCAGUAUCAUCGAUAACGUUUACUCUGUGUUAUCAUUAAAUUAUGCUAAGCUAAGCGAGCUUGUUGUGUUAAUACCUAUGAUAAAUGAAGUUUUACGUUUACGUGUACAUGGUGUAAAAUAAUCUAGAUUAUCGCUUAACACUUCCAGCUCGUAUUAGAGCAGAGAAAACGCAAAACCUUAUUACUUUAGAAUGUAUACGACAGUGCUAUUUUAGGAUAUCAAUCAUUAUAAAUCCGGAUACUUCUACGUGUACUACUAUUACAAUUAAUACUAUUACUAUUACUAUUAUUAUCACUACUAUUACGACUACUUUUGUAUCUGUUGUGCCUAGAUACCUGUGGAAUAAAUUCACAGAAAAGCGCCUCUGCUCAGAAUGAUUGUUGUAAAAGACAUUAUAAGAGCCAUGCGGCGAGUUACAUUUUGCUUUUUGCUAAUAUCAUUAAUCGAUAAUCACAGAAUUUUUGGAUAUAGCUUCUGUAAUAUCGUGUUUGUAAGCUCGUCGCACUUAUUACUGUUAGAUAAAAAAAAAAAAAAAAAUAAUAAGAAAAAAAUGCAGAGGUUAUUAUGGCUAAAAGAUUAAUGAAAUCUAACAAAAUAGAUAGAAAGAG